GAUUGCAUUGUUGCUAUGGUCUAUUUUUUUUUAUAAGAAAAAAUCUAUAUUUUAUAUGUUCAUUUAUAUAAUCGUGGUUGUAUAGAAAUAGUAUUAACAAUAUUAAGACUAAAAAUUUCAAAUAUUGUAUUAAAUUCACCUUGAACAAUAAUUUAUUAUAUAGUUGUAUAUUUUUUAUCAGAUUUCGGAUGUGUUAUAUUAUGUGUAUGAGCGUGGAACUCCCUCCACCCAUCGUUAUCAUCAAUUUUGGCUGGUGAAAAAGUAUUAUAAUAUGUGUUAACUUUAACUCAAAGUGAAAGUAGUUACCUACUAGAUAAUAUUUACUACCUUGUAACAGUUUUCGUGAAAGAAAUAUCUUUCUAUUCUGGAAGUAGAAAUAUAAUGACGGAUCUUUCGAUGCAAUGAAUAUCAUAGUAAAAUGUCUUCGCUAUUAAAAUAGCUGUUUUAUUAUCCCCUUGUAGAAAAUACAAUUUGAACGCCAUUCUCUUUUAUUCCAAUAUCAAUAAGGUUUUAAAAAUUUUACUUAUUAACGAAGAUUUACCGAUUUAACUUCCUCCAUAUCAAAAUCAUUACCUCUGCUGAUUAAUAAACAUAUCUGUUUAUAAAAUGGCUCAAGGACCAGCUUUAGUUUGUAGACUUUUGGCUUCAUCGGUAUCUGUUGCUCAUAAAGCAGGUAAAAUAAUUCGCGAUGUUAUGCAAAAAGGAGAUUUGGGAAUAAUUGAUAAGGGUGAAAAUGACUUGCAAACUGAAGCUGAUAGAUCUGCACAACGGUGUAUUGUUGCAUCUUUUAAAAAUCUGUAUCCAAAUGUGAAUAUUGUGGCAGAAGAAGUAGAUAAAAUUAGUCAAAAUUUGGAUGUUCCUGCAGAUUGGCUAAUUACUGAUCUAGAUCCUAAAAUAUUGGAUUUAGAGUGUCCAAAAUCAUUACUUGAUGUUACAGAAGAUCAAGUUACAAUUUGGGUAGAUCCGUUAGAUGGAACGUCAGAAUUUACAAAAGGUUUAAUAGAUCAUGUUACAAUAUUAAUUGGAGUAUGUGUCAAUGAUGAAGCUGUUGCUGGAGUAAUAUAUCAACCAUUUUGGCAAAACCGUGGUCGAGCUCUUUGGGGUCUGGUUGGCAGUGGUGUAGGAGGGUUUGAGUUGAAAGAACCCCCUCUAACAAAAAAAGUGUAUGUAACCUCGAGGAGUCACUAUGAUAAAGCAAUAGAAACAUUCAUUGAUGGCUUAAAACCUUGCGAAGUUAUACGAGUUGGUGGUGCUGGAAAUAAGGUGCUUUAUAUAUUAGAAGGGAAAGCACAUGCUUAUGUUUAUCCUAGUGCUGGUUGCAAACGAUGGGAUACAGCAGCACCAGAGGCAGUGCUAAGAGCAGCUGGUGGUGAAUUGACAGAUGUACAUGGAAAUAAAUACAGUUAUAGCAAGGACAACGAAAAAGACCCUUUAAAUAAAUAUGGAGUAUUUGCCACAGCUCCUUCUUAUAACCAUACUGAAUUCAUGAAACUUAUUAGUAAAAUUCAGUCAAAAAAUGUAAAAAAUGACUAGUUUUUAUUAGAAAAUGUCAAGAAUAUGUGCAAUGAGUACAUGUAUUCAAAAUUCAGGUGUUAAGUAAAUUGUUAAUAAACAAAUAAUUAUUCAAUUAAAAGUAAUAACCUUUUGUAAUUAAAAUACAAACAUUAUUAAUUUAAUUUUUAACAAUAACAUAUACUGGACAUCAUACAUUCCCAAUAGCAGGUAUAUCUAAUACAUUAGAAUACUUUUAAUUACGUAAAUAAGUUUCAUCUACAAAUUGUAAUUUUAAUACUUUGGUUCUCAUUUUCUCAAACACAUGCACUCAUACCACAAUUGUACAAUUUCAUAGCGUAUGUUAAAAGUUUUAUUUAAACUAGAUGUAUGUAUUUAAUUUGUUGUAAUAAAUAUUAUCAUUUUUAUAAA